AUGAAUAAUAAUAAUAAUAAUAUAAUAGAGAUAUUGAAUAAUAUCGACUAUUUCAAAAGUCAACAAAUAAAUGAAAAUUGUAAAGAAAAUGAAUUGAUUAUCAAUAUUUCAAAAUGGUUAUAUGAACACAAUAAAGAAAAUAUAUUACAACCUUAUUAUGUUGAGAAUAAGGAUGUGAUUCAAUUAGUAUUAUCUAAUCUCCUAAGAGAUUACACAUCAGAGAGUAAUAGUGGAUUGUUCAAAGAUUUGUAUCAAGACAGUGGUAUUAUUGGACAUCUCAAGUCAUUCUGUAACAUCGAUGAUCUUUGUUCAGUUUUACUUGAAAACCUGUUCUGCCAAAGGAAUUACAAAUACUUUGUUCAUGACACUGAACUCUACAAACAACUAGAUCUAUUGUUUAAUAUCGUAUCGAUUGCACCUCACUUGGUAAACAGAGACAGUAAAAUACUAUCAUCUAAAUCAAGAGCAAUGUUAAUUCUCAUUCAUCUUCAACGAGAUAAUCUAAGCAAUGAUUAUUUAAAAUUGACAUCACACCAUCAAUCAAUAUUAGAUUAUAUAGUAUUCUCAAGUGAAACAUUUGAUUCGAAUAUGUUCAUUGACUACUUUAAGUUGUUCAAUAAAUAUUUUGAAGUGAAAAAUGGGAAUGUAGAUUUAGUUAAACUGUUUCUAGAUAGGUUGAACAAUAAGGAUGAUAAGAUGAUAUUAGAUAGAUCUUUGUUUAGUAGAUUCAUUGAUGACGACGAGUGGAAUAUUCUAUCACUGUCAAAGAUAGAUUUAGAUGCGAGAAUUGAAUAUUGUAAAUCUUUAAGUACCACACAGUUGCAGUCGGAGCAGAUUGUUAGCCAGUUGGUCAAGAGCAUAGAUAUGAGCAACCUAGAGAGUCUUGCCGUACUCUAUUGUUAUGUAGUGAACAAGAUCAAUUUGCCAACUGCCAUACUCUCGUACAUUGAGAAUAACUUUUAUUAUUUUCAACCUGCAGAAGAGGCAUUCAAUGACAUCAGACUUCAAUACCAGACACAGAUUGUUCAAUGUCUCUGCCUCAUUCCAUUGUUAUUUAAAAACCAAUUUCUGGCAAAACAUUCGAUAGAACCAACUUUUUCCAACAGAAUCUCUUUCUGGAAGGCAAUUGCACCAGCUCUUCCUUUAGACCAAUGCGAAUACAUCUUAAAGAAAAUUGAUAAUAUUCAGGGUCCACUUUUGGUAGAACUUGUGGAUUUUAUCAUGUUAACGAAAUUCAAGAAAGAAUUGGUUGUUCAUAUUGCCAACAGCGGAUAUACGAUGGAGCUAGGUCUCAAACGUUUAUACUCUGUAGAUAACAUCGAAUUUCUAGGAAUCGUUUUGAAUUAUCAAUUCACAGAGUGCUUUACUAUUGAAUUAAUGCAUUACAAUGUUCAAAUUAUUGAAAGAUUGGCUAAAGAGAAACCAGAUUCUUUUAAAAAUAUCAUUCAAAACGUAGAACAUCUUCCAAUUUUCAAUAUCAUUCCUUUUCUCCACGAGUGUAAAUCAAUUCAUAAAUACUUUAAUAAUAAUAAUGUAGUAGAAACAAGUACCAUCCAACUACCUUUUGUAAUAUUAAAGAAAAUCCUUGGCAUGUUAAUUUUCGAUAAAUACUUGGAAACAAAAUGGUUGAUUGAACUAUCUACUGUAUCAAAGGAUAUUCAUCAGUUUUGCUCCAAUACCAUAUCGAACUUACCAAUCACAUCGAUCGAGAUCCUAAGUGAAAUCAACAUUGGCCAUCCAUACUGUCUUUUCAAGAAUCCACCACUCCAUAUUAUAGAUUCCCAAUUGAUUUAUAUCCCAGAGCACCAAAGACAAUUGUGCCUAGACCGUCUCGAAUCUCUGACUCAAACAUUUUAUUUCUGUAAUAAUAACUCAAAUGUUUAUUUCAAAACGAUAGAAUCAAAUAAUCUGAGUCAUGUCACCUAUAGGGAGAUAAGAGUGGAUUCGAUCACAGACAAGAUUAACAGACUCUAUAAAAUAGGUGAUGGAAGGCACAAUUCAUUCAAUAUAGAUGGAGAGAAUCACCACAAUUAUCGAGAUCCUCAUUUUUUCAAACAAUUUCUUGACCGCCAAAACAAUGACAAACUUCAAUCAAUUACAUAUAUUGGAUACUCUGAUGUGGAUAACUCCUACGAUCCACUCGAGACUGCUUACGUUACUGUACUUCCAUUACUACAGAGACUUCACCAAUCCAAGCUUGAUCUUGUUAUCGACGUGGAACUUCCCAACUAUAUUCCAAAUUUGAAAUUUCCCAAAGACUUGGCACUCAUAACCAAAUUAAACUAUUUCCACACUAACGAUUUAGAUCAAAAGCAACUGGAAUAUCCAAACCUAAAGUCAAUUACAUUGUCGGAUUUAACGAUCGGACCAUUGGAUGUAAACAAAAUCAUUGAAAAUGCUCUAUAUAUCACCAACCUAAAUCUCUAUUGCACAGUUGAGGAGCUAAUUGAAAUUCUCGAACUUCGAACUAUUCACCCAAGAAUUACCAAGAUCACUCUCACUUUUAGAGUGGAUGACUGUCUCAAAUCAGUGAAUCAACGCCUGCAACCUGAUCUUCUGAACAGUCUUUUUGAACGCUUGUCAAUGCCUGAACACCAAUCGAUUCGACAGAUCAAAUUGCAGAUGGAAUUCACUGAUGAUUUGGCAUAUAAGAAAGCACCAAUCAUCAAUUCGCAUAAUUUAAAAGCAAUCGAUCUUGGAAGCUUUAAAGCAUGCAGUCAUUCAUUAAAAAAAUUCAGUCGUUAG